GGACCGCUUCAUCGUAGCAUAGCAUGGAACGCGUUUAGUCGAGUGCCGGUUCUGAAUCAGUGAAGAUGAGCGUUUUCAAAUCGUUGCCACUAGUGUUGGCGCUUUUGGCCGUUGGCGUGUGCGGAGACGUCGAAUUAGCCGAGGGAGAUGAAUGCAUCGUUCAGCGCACCAAUGCGGCCGGAAUUUGUCGCGUCGUGUCCUCGUGUCCAUCCGUAAUUGAUGACAUUCGAAACCGGCGUGCGAAUCCUACCAAGUGUGGAUUCCUGGGCAGAGUUCAAGUUGUUUGCUGUCCGGAUGGAGUCGAACCUAAAACAACAACUUCCACAAGUGCCCCUUUGACCUCAUCGGCGAUGAGUAAUCAUCCUCGGAUUGCGGAAAAAUGCAUCGAGUAUGGGGAAGCUGUAUUCUCGAAAGAGUACGUCAACUCGGUCGGUGCAGAAGAGCCAAAGUUGCAACGAUUGGACAAAUGUGGUCACAAAGCGAUUGAGCUGGUGGUGAAUGGAGAAGCCGCCAAAUCGCGAGAAUUUCCCCACAUGGCACUGAUUGGAUAUGGGGUGGCGCCUGAGGUGCGAUAUCUGUGCGGUGGCUCAUUGGUCUCCGAUAGAUUCGUUCUGACCGCUGGCCAUUGUAUCAAUUCUGCUGAAAGUGGCCCUGCCACCGCGGUCCGCCUUGGCGAACUGGCCCUAGAUUCCUCGAACGACGAGGCCUUCCCGGAGGACUUCAACAUUGCCGAAACGAUUCCGCACCCGGAGUAUCGUCUCACGUCCCAAUACAACGACAUUGCCCUCAUCAAACUGGACCGCAAGGUGAUCCUGUCGCCGUACAUCCGGCCGAUUUGUCUACCGAUGAGCGGCGAGCUAAAAAACCACCGUGCCAUAGCCACCGGAUGGGGCACCAUCGGAUACGGAGAAGCAACUAGCCCCAUGCUGCUCAAAGUGGUUCUGGAUAUGUUUGCCCAUGACGAGUGCUCGGUGCAGUUUGAGGCGAACCGGAAGCUCAAGGACGGAUUGAGGGAGGAAUCGCAGAUCUGUGCCGGUUCGAGGAAUUCCUCUAAGGAUACUUGCCAGGGAGACUCCGGAGGACCACUUCAGGUUUACAACGACGACAGUGUCUACUGCACGUAUACGAUUAUCGGAGUGACAUCGUUCGGAAAGUACUGUGGCUUGGCGGGAUCACCCGGAGUGUACACCAAGGUUUAUCCCUAUGUAUCUUGGAUUGAAAAUUUGAUAUUUUAAUUACGUUUAAACCCACUUACCUCAUUACUGAUAGACGUUGUUCAUGAA